GUCCUGCCUGCUUAGUGUUCUCUCACUGCUUUUCUUCACUGUUCUUGCACGGAAGAGAUCUAGGGUGACAGGAAAGUGAUGAUUCAUCUGACAUCAGAUGGAGUCCUUUUUAUUUGCCCUUUUGUUGGCCUCAGUCUCUGAUAUUGGGAACAUCCGUGUUAUGUUUGUGAAUGUUUUUAUUUCACGGAAGACACACAUGGAUUGCAGUGGGACUCUGAUGAUUUAAAGGUCUGAUGCGUGUGGCUGUCUGGUAGCUCUUUGUUUUCCACAAUCCUUUGACCAGAAAAAGAAAUCAAAGUGUGUUUUAAUCAUGCUGACCAGCGAGGGCCAGGGAUUCCUUCACUUUGGUCUGUGUCUCUGGUUGUGUAUGUUCAUACCUUUCUUUAAAGGCUCUGCAGGCUGUGCAUCUGAAGAGAGGCUCUUUCACAAACUGUUUUCUCAUUAUAACCAGUUCAUCAGGCCUGUGGAAAACGUUUCUGAACCAGUCACGGUGCAUUUUGAAGUGGCCAUCACACAGCUGGCCAAUGUGGAUGAAGUAAACCAGAUCAUGGAAACCAAUCUGUGGCUACGUCACAUAUGGAAUGAUUAUAAAUUGCGCUGGGACCCAAUGGAAUAUGAUGGCAUUGAGACUCUUCGUGUUCCUGCAGAUAAGAUAUGGAAACCUGACAUCGUUCUCUACAACAAUGCUGUUGGUGACUUCCAAGUUGAAGGCAAGACAAAAGCUCUUCUUAAAUAUGAUGGCAUGAUAACCUGGACUCCACCAGCUAUUUUCAAGAGUUCCUGUCCUAUGGAUAUCACUUUUUUCCCUUUUGAUCAUCAAAACUGUUCCCUUAAAUUUGGUUCCUGGACAUAUGACAAAGCCGAAAUUGAUCUUCUAAUCAUUGGAUCUAAAGUGGAUAUGAAUGAUUUUUGGGAAAACAGCGAAUGGGAAAUUGUUGAUGCCUCUGGCUACAAGCAUGACAUAAAAUACAAUUGUUGUGAGGAGAUAUACACAGAUAUAACCUAUUCUUUUUACAUUAGAAGACUGCCAAUGUUUUAUACCAUUAAUCUGAUCAUCCCUUGUCUCUUUAUUUCAUUUCUAACUGUGCUUGUCUUUUACCUCCCUUCUGACUGUGGUGAAAAGGUGACACUUUGUAUUUCAGUUUUGCUUUCUCUGACUGUGUUUUUGCUAGUAAUUACAGAAACCAUCCCAUCCACGUCUCUUGUGAUCCCACUGGUGGGUGAGUACCUACUGUUCACCAUGAUCUUUGUCACCCUGUCCAUUGCGGUGACUGUGUUUGUGUUGAACAUUCAUUAUCGCACCCCAAUGACACACACCAUGCCCAAGUGGGUGAAGACAGUUUUCCUCCAGCUGUUACCCCAGAUCUUGAUGAUGAAGAGGCCUCUGGACAAGAUGAAGGAGACAAGUUCAGAUAAAAAUUCCAAAGGCAUUUCUGGUAGGCCCACCAAAGUCAAUUUUGAUAAUUGCAGAGAGACCAAACUUCCUAAAGAAUGCUGCCACUGUCAUAAAUCAAGUGAGCUUGCCACCAGCAAGAGAAGAUUAAGUCAUCAGCCUUUACAAUGGAUGACUGAAAAUUCAGAGCACUCGCCUGAUGUUGAAGAUGUAAUUAACAGUGUACAAUUCAUAGCAGAAAACAUGAAGAACCAAAAUGAAACAAAGAAGGUAGAAGACGACUGGAAAUAUGUAGCCAUGGUGGUGGACAGAGUAUUUCUUUGGGUGUUUAUAAUUGUCUGUGUGUUUGGAACUGCAGGGCUAUUUCUACAGCCACUACUGGGGAACACUGGAAAGUCUUAGGAUGUAUUUUCCUUUUAUCUUUUGAAACUUACAGAUGCUGUAUUUGUUCUAUGUUCCCUUCCAUGAGGAAAGGGACAUAAAGCUUUCCACCUAAGUCCCCCAUCUACUGAAGCUGAUGGUUAGAUGGAAAAAGAGGACUUUAUUGCAAAUUUGGAGGCUGAAUGCCCUCCUUUGUAGCACAGAGCACGUUUAAGAUGUUUGAUAACACUGGAGCCCAGAAUUGGUGGCACCCACAGGCUUCUCUUCUCUGUACAUGUUUGACUUCCAGGGACAUAAACAACCCAUAAUACAACAAGCCAUGUAAUCAACAUCAAAGCCAUGCUAAAAAGGCAUUCUCUUGUACCUCCAGUUUAUGCUACUUGUCAGUAUAUUGACACAUGCCAGACACAAAACUCUGGAGCUUGUACCUUGCUGGCAUCUGCAAUGCUUGGGAACUGUUACGUGCUUGCUUUCUAAUAUGUGCCUCUGGGAUGUACUCACAUACUUCAACACUUUUUGAUAUAUUAAUUGGCAAAAAGUAAUAGCAGGUAGUCAGAGUCUAUCUCAGCAGGCUGCAUCAAGUUAGCAUUCAUCUGGCAAGCAGCUUGAGUGGUAACCCAGCACUGUGCUGGGCAUUGCAAGCACAACAGAAAUGGGUUCUGUCCCCAAGUGCUUGCAGCUUUUUAGGAAAAGUCAUAAACACAAAGAUCUCCAAGACCAGGUAUCAUGGGAAUGUAACUAAAGCAGCCAAAAUAAGGAGAGCAUGAUGUGGUAUGGCCAUGCAAACAUGAAGCAGGCUUUGCGGCAGGUCAGAGAGGUGUCUGUUCUUGCCAGCAGUUUCCAUAUGUUCAUUGUAGCUGAGACUGCAAAUAAAGUUAUUUCUUCUGCAAGAAAUUGUGAUUUUGUACCUUUUUGGAGCAAUACCUUUUCUGAGAAGGAGCACCUUGGAAUUCUGUUUUAUUCCACUCUAAUUUAUCUUCAUAUUUGUUGUAUAAAUAUUAUUGUAAUUUUAAAGAUGUAUUUCAAAGCAGAAAAAAAUAAAUCUACCCUAACAAAGAAACUAA